CAAUUGUUGUUCUACCACGGCGUACGUGAACGCGGACGAAAUCCGUAAACUCCAUAUAGGCAAUCUAAAAAAUCUCAUUUCAAAUCGCAGCGUUUAGUGGCUGAAUAACAUAAAAAUCCUUUGUGCAGCCCCACGUAAAAAGUCAACGGUUUCAAAGUCCUCCGUCAAAAGGCAUCCAUACGCCCAGUGUACUCGAAAGAAAGUGUCAUAAAGCAUGCGAUUAUCCUGUAAACAAAGUGUAAAACGCGCCCGACUCCAAUAAACGCCGAAAAAGAAAGGCAAACAACAAACAACUCCCGGAUUUUACGACUUGAGCAAUCAAUUCCGCUGGUCACUCGGGGAUUUGAGGACUCGCAGGACUCGCAGGAUUUACAGGACUUGCAGGACUCUAGGAUUCCCAAGUACACAACUAUAGAAUCGAAUCCUGAGCACGUCGUAUAAUGAUUGCGCAAGUGAGAUGACGCCACUGCCGGUGAGAAGGAUACGUUAGGGGCGGCGGUGAACUAUGGGAACAGAGGCAUGGGCGUGUGCGCGGACCUUGGGUCUCAUCGAUGGUGUCGGGCAUUGAGCACCCAUCACAACAACACCCAGAAAUCGAAGGAGCAGCAGCAAAUCCAGCAGAGACCCUCCAGGAGUCCUCCAGGAUCAGGAGCUAUUGACACCACAACGAAGACGAUUCCCGCUAGUGAUACGCUGACGGCCUCGCCAGCGAAAACGGCUGCUUUCACAGUGAAAACAACGAGGAGAAGACGCCGACGACGGGCAGGCAGCAGCUCCAUCUGCGUUCCCAUUUGUAGCAGCAGCAGCAGCCAAAGGUCAACGAUACAGGUGCUCCACUUUCUGUUGGUCUCGUUGCUGGCAGCCCUUCUAGCGAAAAAUGCCCAGGCGCACAACAUUCCAGAAGACGCCGUGCACAUCACGGCCAUUCUCGGCGAGGGCGUCAUCUUCAACUGCCAUGUGGAGUUCCCCAACGACCAUCCCGUGCCAUAUGUCCUGCAGUGGGACAAGAAGGUGAGCGAAACGGGCUCCGAUCUGCCCAUAUACAUCUGGUAUGAGAGCUAUCCGGAGCACAUCGAGGAGGGCUACAAAGGACGCGUUUCCCGCGUGUCGCAGGACUCUCCCUUCGGCUCCGCCUCGCUCAACCUGACCAACAUCCGGGAAUCGGACCAAGGAUGGUACGAGUGCAAGGUCGUCUUCCUCAAUCGGGACCCCAAGCAGCAUAAGAACGGUACAUGGUUCCACUUAGACGUACAUGCACCGCCGCGCUUUAGUGUUACGCCAGAGGAUAUUAUAUACGUUAAUUUAGGUGAUUCAAUUAUACUCAAUUGCCAGGCCGAUGGCACACCCACGCCGGAAAUACUCUGGUACAAGGAUGCCAAUCCCGUCGAUCCCUCGCCCACGGUGGGCAUCUUCAACGACGGCACCGAGCUGCGGAUCUCCACCAUUCGGCACGAGGACAUCGGAGAGUACACUUGCAUUGCACGCAAUGGUGAGGGACAAGUCUCCCAUACGGCCCGUGUUAUAAUCGCGGGCGGCGCUGUAAUCAUGGUGCCACCGACCAACCAAACGAAGAACGAGGGCGAAAAAGUGAUAUUCUCCUGCGAGGCUAAGGCCAUGCCCGGCAACGUCACGGUGCGCUGGUACCGCGAGGGAUCGCCCGUCCGGGAGGUGGCCGCUCUGGAGACGCGCGUCACCAUCCGCAAGGACGGCUCGCUCAUCAUCAAUCCCAUCAAGCCGGACGACUCGGGCCAGUACCUAUGCGAGGUGACCAACGGCAUCGGAGAUCCUCAAAGCGCAUCCGCUUACCUCAGCGUCGAAUAUCAAGCCAAGGUGACCUUCACGCCCACGGUGCAGUAUCUGCCUUUCCGGCUGGCCGGUGUGGUCCAGUGCUACAUCAAGUCGAGCCCCCAGCUGCAGUACGUGACCUGGACGAAGGACAAACGCCUGCUGGAGCCAUACCAAAUGAAAGACAUCGUGGUGAUGGCCAACGGAUCCCUGCUGUUCACGCGAGUGAGCGAGGAGCAUCAGGGUCAGUACUCCUGCACGCCGUAUAACGUACUGGGCUCAGCUGGAGCCUCCGGGAUAAUGGACGUACUCGUGCGGAAGCCUCCAGCUUUCACGGUGGAACCGGAGACCCUGUAUCAACGCAAAGUGGGCGACAGCGUGGAAAUGCAUUGCGAUGCCAUGGAGGCGGAGGGCACCGAACGGCCUUCUAUCAAAUGGCAACGGCAGGAGGGCGAACAGCUGACCGAAUCGCAACGCAAUCGUAUAAAGAUCUCCGGCGGCAAUAUCACCAUUGAGAAUUUGAGGAGAGAGGACUUCGGUUACUAUCAGUGUGUGGUUUCCAACGAAGUGGCCACUCUGAUGGCCGUCACGCAACUGGUGAUCGAGGGCACACAGCCACAUGCUCCCUACAAUAUCACAGGCAAGGCCACCGAAUCAUCAAUCACUCUACAAUGGCUGCCUGGAUAUAGCGGUGGAUCGGAAUACAAGCAGGACUAUACAAUUUGGUUUCGCGAAGCGGGCGUCAACGACUGGCAAACGAUAUCCGUAACGCCCUCAGGCAGCACACAGGUUACCAUCAAUGGUCUCGCUUCGGGAACUACCUAUGAAUUCCAGGUGGUGGGACGCAAUGUCCUUGGGGACGGUAUGAUGAGCAAAGUGAUGACCGUUCGCACACUGGAAGACGCUCCGGCAGCGCCACGUAAUGUCAAGGCUGCAACACAACCGCCCGACUCAUUCUUUCAGCUAAUGCCAGACGAAGCUGGUCCCAAGCCCGGACCCCCCAGAAAUGUGUCCGUGACAGAGGUGUCCAAUGGAUUCCUCAUCACGUGGCAAUCGCCGCUGGAGCGGGCGCACAUCGUCAAGUUCUACACCAUCAAGUACCGGACAGAUGCGCAGUGGAAGACCCUCAACCGGGGACAAAUCCGGCCGGAGGAGACGCAAUAUCUGGUGAAGAACCUGGUGGGCGGAAGGACCUACUACUUCCGGGUGCUGGCCAAUUCGGAGAAGUCGUACGAGUCCAGCGACGAGGUGAAAUUCCCGGUGCCGGCGCGUGUCAAGCACAAGGCGAUUACCGCCGGCGUCGUUGGGGGCAUCCUGUUUUUUAUUGUUGCGAUCAUUUUAUCGGUUUGUGCCGUAAAAAUUUGCAAUAAACGUAAACGACGAAAACAGGAAAAAGAGUUCAACAUGGUAGCUUGCAGGAUAACGGACGCUCGUAACAUUGCCGCCAAUAAUCAUCAUUUGCACAAUCGCAGUACGGGCUCAAUUUCCUCUGGUCAAGUGCCUUUAAAAAACAAUACUGAACAUUACCGUGAUUAUGAAAGCGUUUUUAUAGUUCCAGGUCAUCCUGUCAUAAUCAAAAUCGUACAAACAAACCCGAAUAUCAAGUCUAACAGCCAUUCUCAUUGCCAUCUCCACUGGAUCUGGCCGCCUGAUCGCUGCACCAACUGCCACUCCAUUUAUAGUUCACCGAAUCUCGAGGAUGGCGAUGAGGACGGCGCCGGACGAAGGCGUUCCGUAAGUCGCAUUCAACGAAGUCUCGAUGGGCGAUUCGUAUUGGAUGUGGAGGGGGGAGUCUCGAAACUGGGUUACUCGCAGCAAACCAUGGACUCGGCGGCCAAUGUGGUGGACGUGGUGGAUGGUGGUCUCUUCGAGCGUAGAAACAGCAAUGUUUCCCAGAAAUCCUCCAGCGAUGAUGGUGGAUUCCUGUCGCGUCGUAACUUUAUCACGGCUCGUGCUUCAUGGCGUCGUCCCUUGGUGGCCUCCUCCAGUCAAUUGAGUCUUCAGUCAGCGGCAGAUUCGGCCAGGGGUUUUCUACAGGGUCUGCUAAAGAUCGGAGGAAAGCAGCAGCAGCAGCAGCAGCAGAUCCCACUCAAUCAACAAUCGUAUUUCGAUGAAGCUGUGAGUGGAGCCCGCUAUCAGAAUGUUUUGCGACCUUACACCAGCCAAAGCAGCAGUAAUUUGUAUGGCCAUGCGGACCGGAGUAGACCGCUGCAUAUAAACACCAUCAGUGGAAGUCUCAGUCAGCAGCAGCAGCAGCAGCUUUACACACCUUCGAGAAUCUCCAGGAUAUUCUCCAGUUCACCGCAGCAAUUGCAUCCACAUCAUCAGCAACUCUUGCUCACCAGUGGCUCCUAUCCCACACAUUUCAGCGAUCUGAGCACUGUGUAUCCUCCAAAUUCCGCUGAACGUUCGUCGUACAACCUGAGCAGUAGAUAUAGAUACUACUCACAGGAGCUGCCUUCCCUGCGAACCAUUCAAGAGGAAACUCGCCGACAGCAGCAGCAGCAACAGCAAAAGCCACACCCUCUGGAAGAUCACUUUGUGCCACUCCAGCUGCCAUCGCCUCCUUCUUGGCGGAGUUACUACCAAUCGCAGGCCAGCUAUCGGCCCAGAACUCGCUGGUAUCCUCGUCAUCAUUCGCGUCUAUUCAGCAAUCGGCAGCAGCAGCAUGAGAUGCUUUCACCUUUGCCACAGCUGAAUCUCAACUUGCGCAACUCCAUGAAUCCUGGAGGCUUAGAGGCCUCACCCGAAUCGCGCUCCAGUUCGAGUGGUUUUGGUUCAAAGAAUACCUCCAAUCAUCCGGGAAGUACCAGUGAAUGGAGAUUAUUGCCGCCUUAUAGAGCGCCACCAUCGCCGCCCAAACAUUCGGGUUAUUUUGGUGGACAACAGGCGCAGGGACAAACGCCACAUGGUUCGUAUUCGUAUAACAGGGCCACAACACCGCCUUAUACGAUGGCCCAUUGGCUGGAGAUGAUCUCAAGACUGAAUGCGGCCACGGAUAGUAAUUUGCCCAAAUCCUCGUGUCCCGUGGAUGUGGGCAGUGUGGAUGGACACUAUGAAUUCGAUCCGGCCACGCCCACUCCCAGUGCAUCCAGCAUGCUGCGCGAAGAUCUCAAUUUGCAUAUAGAUACGCAUCAUCAUCAUCCUUUUCAUCAUCAUACGCUGGGUCCUUUAAGUGGCAGUCUGCUGCACAGCCACGCCCCUUACGGAGGCGGAGGAGGAGGCGGGAGUAGAAAGCCAAGAUCUCUACCAAUUCACCUGCCUCGUUACGAUAAUGUUGAGGUUAGACUUCAAGCCAUGAAAGAGGAAUUCUAUGCCUACCGUAAACGACAAGCAAUGCAUCAAAUGGAGAGCGUUUGCUGAGCCAAUGAAGCAUUUAAUUGAGCCACAGCCGCACCUACGCCCACGACCACGCCGAAAAAUAGGCCCGAUUUUAGAGAUACCCCGAACAAAGUUGGACAGCAGCGAAUUUCGAGGCAAUCAGACGCUAUGACGAUAUGAUAUUGGAUCAGGCCCCCACAAUUCAGAGAUGAACUUUAAAAGUUUGGCCCCCUGCAAACUCACAAACUCAAAAACAAACAAAAAAAAAAACAAAAAAUUAUAAGAAAAACACUAAGAAGCCAGAAACAAUUAGUAGGUUUAAUCGAGAAGAAAGCUGUGUAAAUAUAUAUGGGGAUCCCCCAGAAGUUUAAGUAUAAUAUUUAACAACUAUAGCAAUUAUAGCAACAUAUUAUUACAAAAAUCGAUAAACGUAAAAUUGACAUUUAAAAGCAAGAGAGUAAAUGAAGCAAACAUUGUUUGAUGACAUAUGCAAAGAACAAAUUACAAUUACAAUUAACUAUUAUUUACGAGUAUAUUAGAUAUUACUACUUAACGUAACACACAGAUCGAGAUAUGUUAAACAUUGAGCAUUAAACAUUAAUUAACAAUCCACAAGCGUAAGCCUAAAUUAUGUUACAUUACAACUAAACUAAAUUAAUACGGAAUAUACUAGCUUUUAAGCAUUUAGUUGUUAACAACUAGAGCAGAGAUGAUGAACGAUGAACGAUGACGUGAAAUAAAAGCGCUAAAAACGUAAUUAAAUCGACAUAUAGAGAAAUUGUUUCAUAAUUAAAUUAUUUAACGACAAAAAACCUACAAAGCAAAAAUAAAAGCGAAAUGUAAAACAAAACCAGUUUAACGAAAAUUAAAUGAAAUAUAACUGCUGCAUAUAUGUUUACUGUUGACCUACACACGAUAAUUAACUCGAACAAAUAUUUAUUAACCCCAAAAGUAAGAAACAAACACACACAAAAAAUAAACAAAUUAAAUGAAAACAAAAGGAAAAGGAAAACGAGAAAAACGAUGCUAAUGGGAAACUAUUCUUCCUGGUUUGACUCACACAGCCCUAGACUACGUUGAUGCAACUAAAAGCUAGGAAUGUAGGGCAGAAAAUGGGUCCUUAUAUCCAAUCCGAGAUCCCAAAAGUUUUCUAGAUUCCACAGAGAGCGAUCGAUGGAUGAUUUGGUCUUAGGUUAUAGGUCAGUUGUGUAAAGGACAGCUCCCCGGAUGAUGCUGCUUAGUUGAAGUUGAGACGAGGCGUUUCUGUUUCUUAAGUAAUUGUUAACGAUAAACGAUAAUUGAUUAACGAUAAUCAUGUCUAAAGAUCAAAUUGUACGGAAUGAUAGUUUGACACAACUUGACGCCAAAACACUGCCAGAGCGAGAGAUGCGAAAAGACCGCGAGUGUGUGUAUAACGUAUGUAAAUUACAGAGCAUAUAAAAAAAUAUAAUACUUUUACGAUUAACGAUAACGAUAAUAACGAUUAACGAUAACACUAUUCAGGGGACGGUUGGAGCGCGAAACAAAUCAAGAAAUCAACUACGAAUCAACCGACUAAUAUGAUCUCAAGCAUUUCUUUUUGCCUUUGACUGCAAUCAAACUGCAGUUUAGCGAACCGAUUUCCCUGGUUUCUCUAUUUUCCACCCUAAAUAUGAGCCCACUGUCUGUCUGUCCGUCUGUCACUUCUUCUAACAAGCGCUGCCUUCAAGUCUUACCCAAAAUCAGAUAGGUUUAUCACAAUUUAGUAAGACUUACAGCUAUGCGCUUGUUACAUUCUUAAGCCACAGAGAAUAUUGUAUUUAAAUUGAAUAACUAGGAUAAAAGUUCAGAGAAGGGAGGAGGGAAACUCGAGUUGUGUUGCAUGUAUUUUGUAAAUGUUGAGGGUAUUCAAGUGAAUAAGUUGAUUUUUGUAUUGCAUAGGACACCCACACUCUGACACACACACACACACACACAUUAAACGUUUAACUAGAAUGAAAUAAAUUAAUUAAUUAACUGAGCAUUAACGGAAAGCGAACGACGUGAGAAAAGCGCAAGCGAAUAAUUGCGAAAUGACAGCAUAAAUUGAAUUUUAAUUGAGCGAUGGAGCUAAGAGAGAUGUUAGGCGCAGGACUUUAAGGCAAAUAGAUACAAAUAUGAUUAUUUAUACGAGAACAUGUAUAUGCGGUACGUAUAUAUGCAUAUAGAUACUGGAUUACAUGGCAUGUACAUUAAGUAAGACGAAUACAUUAAAAACUAAGUUAAGUAAAUCUAACGCUUUAGUCUGCCACUUUGAUUUUUGGACAAGGUGCGCCAGUUAACUUUUCGACUCGACUCGACUCAAAUGAAAUGAAAUGAAAUG